AUGACCUCCAAGCUCCCUUCCCACUGUCAAUCUAUGAAGGGUCUCCUGCUCAACCACUUGCCAGCCGAGCGCCCGGCCGACCCUCCCCGCUAUUCCCGCAUCAAGAACUGGCAGACGGGCACCAUCCUCUACGACACCCUCAGCGCCCAGGCCAGGCAGGAGGUGCCCUGCAACGGGAAACGAUGCCUGGGCGCCGCCAUGCUGCCCAAGCAGAUGCUAGCCCGGUGCGACGGUGCCCGAUCGGAGGAAGAGCUGCUGAGCCUCGCCCGGGACUUCCUCGCCCUCUACUAUGGCUCCAUGAGGCGGGCCGAGUCGCAAGCCCACCACCAGCGCCUCCAGGAGGUGGAGCGGCAGAUCGCCGCCACGGGCACCUACCAGCUGCUGGAGGCGGAGCUGGUCUUCGGCGCCAAGCACGCCUGGCGCAACGCCCCUCGCUGUCUGGGACGCAUCCAGUGGAACAAGCUGCAGGUCUUUGACGCCCGGGACAUCACCAGCGCCCAGGAGAUGUUCACCUUCCUGUGUAACCACAUCAACUACGCCACCAACCGGGGCAAUCUCCGGUCGGCCAUCACCGUCUUCCCGCCGCGGCUGGCGGGACGGGGCGACUUCCGCAUCUGGAAUCAGCAGCUGAUCCGGUACGCCGGCUACCCACAGCCCGACGGCAGCGUCCUGGGAGACCCGGCCAACGUGGAGAUCACCGAGCUCUGCAUGCAGUACGGCUGGCGUCCCCCCUACGGCCGUUUCGACGUCCUCCCGUUGCUCCUGCAAGCGCCAGACGAGGACCCCGAGCUUUUCGUCCUACCUCCCGAGCUGGUGCUGGAGGUGCCCAUCGUCCACCCCACGCUGCUGUGGUUUGAGGAGCUGGGACUCCGCUGGUACGCCCUGCCGGCCGUGGCCAACAUGCUGCUGGAAAUCGGCGGUCUGGAGUUCCCAGCCGCCCCCUUCAGCGGCUGGUACGUGGGCUGCGAGAUCGGCAUGCGGGACUUUUGCGACGCCCACCGCUACAACCUCUUGCAGGGGGUGGCUGAGAAGAUGGGGCUGGACACCGGGACCACCCUCUCCCUCUGGAAGGACAAGGCGGCGGUGGAGAUGAACGUGGCCGUGCUGCACAGCUUCCAGCUGGCCAAAGUGACCGUCGUGGACCACCACGCGGUGGCCGAGUCCUUCAUGAAGCACCUGGAGAACGAGCAGCGCAUCCGGGGGGGCUGCCCGGCCGACUGGAUCUGGCUGGUGCCCCCCAUCUCCGGCAGCCUCACCCCCGUCUUCCACCAGGAGCUGGUCAACUACCAGCUCUCCCCCGGCUUCCGAUACCAGGCUGACCCCUGGAAGUCCUACAUCCCCAAAGGGACCACCAUCACCCGGAAGAAGACCUUCAAGGAGAUCGCCAACGCCGUCAAGAUCUCCGCCAAGCUGAUGGGCCACGUGAUGGCCCAACGGGUCAAGGCCACCAUCCUCUACGCCUCGGAGACGGGCAAGUCCAAGGCCUACGCCUUCAGCCUGAAGGAGCUCUUCCAGUCGGCCUUCGCCCCCAAGGUGAUGUGCCUCGACGAAUACGACGUGGUGUCCUUGGAGCACGAGACCCUCGUUCUGGUGGUCACCAGCACCUUCGGCAACGGAGACCCUCCGGAGAACGGAGAG